GGCAAAGAGGAAGAAAUUUGUUUCUAUGCCAUGGCAAGUCUCAAAAAACUUAAUUCUUGAAAACAGACAGUAUAGACUAUCUAUGUCUAAAGUCACAGGUAGAAAGGAUAAUGGAAACCAUUUAUUCUACUGGCCUGCAGUUGUGAUGGUUCAACCCUGACAAUUCCUUGAUGACCAACACAGUGCAAUGACCAUUUCAGAUGAAGGAGCACACCAACUACAAAUUCAAUCUUGUCUUUAUCUCAUAUGGACCAAUAACUCUGUAAUAGUGAUUUCUUUAUCACUAGAAUUUAAGAACCAUCAAAUAUGAAGAUAUUUUUAUUGCUACAUUGGCUUGGGGUAUUUCAGUUCUAUCUUGGAUUCACCCAGGCUGAGCACCCCCAAUAUCACAGCCCCCCAGAGGUAGUGAUUCCUUUGAAGGUAACUGGCACUACUAAAGGAUUGAAGCAGGCAGGUUGGCUCUCUUAUAGCCUGAAUUUUGGGAGCCAGAGACACAUUAUCCAUAUCAAGGCCAAGAAACACUUGCUGUCCAAACACCUACCAGUGUUCACCUACACAGCCCAAGGUUCUCUAUUUGAGGAUCAACCUUUUAUCCAGAAUGACUGCUAUUAUCAUGGUUAUGUGGAGGGGGACCCAGAAUCCCUGGUUUCCCUCAGUGCUUGUUCUGGAGGUUUUCAAGGAAUGUUACAGAUAAACAACAUUGCUUAUGAAAUCAUGCCCAAGGAGUUUUCCACUACAUUUGAACAUCUCGUUUAUAAAAUGGACAAUGAGGAGACAGAAUUCCUAACACGGAGAUCGGGCUUUAUGCAAGAUGAAAUAGCAUGCAAACUAGACUUUCAAGAGAUUCAUAAUUUCACUCUGAAGCAGAAUUCUUAUGUGAGAUGGUGGACUGAUGUGUGGUAUGUUAGAUUAGCAGUGGUAGUGGAUCAUACCCUAUACCUUCAUUUUCAAAGUAAUAUAUCCAAGAUACAGGAGCAAAUAUUUAUUAUUACAAACGUAGUGGAUUCCAUUUAUGACGAUAUAGAUGUUAAUGUAUUAUUACUUGGUAUUGAGGUCUGGACUGAAGUAAACUAUAUUGUAGUAGAUGACAUACAGAAAUCUCUGUCAGCAUUUAGUCAAUGGAAGGCAAAAAGCCUUUCUCCUCAUCUAUCACAUGAUGCUGUGCAUCUUUACAUAAACUCAAGAUUAGGUGGACAACCUGGUAAAGCCUACAUGCAUGGUAUAUGUACAAAGAGAUACAACUGUAUAAUUGCUACUCACCUAAACAAAUCCUUGAAUGAGUUUGCAAUCAAUGCAGCCCAUGAGCUAGGUCAUCUUUUAGGUAUGUUUCAUGAUGCUGAUAUAUGUGAAUGUGGGCAAAAGUCAUGUAUAAUGGGUCAGGAUAAGGAUUUUGCAACAAAGUUCAGCAACUGCAGUUAUUCUGAGUUUUGGAAAAUGACUGUACAAAACCAAAACUGUGCACGCAACUAAGUUCAGACAAAAGAUAUGUCAAAGCGCUGUGGGAAUGGAAUUGUUGAAGAAGAAGAGGAGUGUGACUGUGGACCUUUACAAUAUUGUGCAAAAGAUGCCUGCUGUCUCUCAAACUGUACUCUGAGUGAGGGGUCUACUUGUGCUUUUGGACUUUGUUGCAAAGACUGCAUGUUCUUGCCUGCAGGUGAAGUGUGUAGAAAACAGAUCAAUGAAUGUGAUCUUCCAGAGUGGUGCAAUGGGACAUCCCAUAAAUGUCCAGAGGAUGUACAUAUGCAAGACGGAAAUCUCUGUAACCACAGGGCCUACUGUCAUGAUAAAAGAUGCAAUGACCGCAAUAAACAGUGCAAGGAUAUUUUUGGCCACACAGCAAUGAAUGCAAAUUUGAAUUGUUAUGAGAAAAUGAAUACUCGAGGGGACCGCUUUGGUCACUGUGGCACGCAUCGAUCUACAUACAUAAAAUGUAACAUUCCAGACAUCCUGUGUGGGAGACUUCAGUGUGAGAACGUGACUCUAAUUCCCUCUUUGGGAGACCAUUCUAGUGUGCACAGGACUCAGUUCAAUGGCAUCACCUGCUGGGGAACUGACUUUCAUUUGGGGAUGUCCAUACCUGAUAUUGGUGAAGUGAAAGAUGGCACAGAAUGUGGUCCGGAACGUAUCUGCUUGCAUAGAAAGUGUGUCCCUAUGUCUCAUUUAAAAAGUGAUUGUUCGGUUAAGACCUGUAACAUGAGGGGUAUCUGCAAUAGUAAACAUCAUUGCCAUUGCAAUGAUAACUGGGCCCCACCCGACUGCAAGGAAGAGGGUAGUGGAGGCAGUGUUGAUAGUGGCCCACCCCCUAAGAGAUAGGAAGGAAAACGUAUUCACCAAUCAAAAUGGGCCAUCAUUCUCUUAUGACCUUUUCUUAUGUUUCACUUUUUGGUUUUAUUACAUACAAAAAUAUAGAAGAAAAAAGAAAAAAAAUAUCCAGUCUUAUGAAACAACAAAGUAUUCAGACUCAACAAUAAGAAGAAAAACAAAUCUUGAGAUUAAAAUUGAAAAGAAUUUACAAAAUUUUCAGACUCGAUAUCAGAAAGAAAAAUGAAGUGUUGAAAUUAAAAAUAAGAGACACAAAAUGUUAACAGUCAAUAUGUGAAAGAAAAAAAACAUUCUUAAUCUUGGAAAAAAAUCAGUACUGAUUUCAAGAAGUGUAACCAAAUGGUAAUAAAAUUUCUGAAGAACUGAA